AGAUCAUUCGCAUUCUGACGUUUCACGCGGUCGGUUGAACACCAUCCCCACUAUAUAUAUGCCAUAAAGAUCAUACUAAAUUCCCUCGAAAUCCCGAGAAAAAUACGUAUUAACCAACUGGAUUAAAUGACACUUGGCAAUCGCCAAAGGCAACUUUUCCGUCGGCAAAACGGGUGCUGCUGCCUACCAGGCUGGAAAAACUGAAAACUCCUUGAAAACAAGCAUAUCCUUGGAAGUGUUAACCCCACGUGUGUGUGUUCUUAACCCAAAACUAACUACCUUUUGCGGCCUAUUAGCUCCGAGAUUGAGCGUGUAAUUUGUAGAGGCAUCUUUAACUUUUACCCAACAUCCUUUGUGACUCGCCCACGUAUCCUUGCUAAGAACUUUGGACCAAACUUCCUGGCAAGUGUUUAGACGCUCGGGAAAACUUUCGCACCUUUGUUUUACGCGAGUUCGUUCUGUGAAAAUUGCGAAAAACUUCAACUCAAACAGAGCGCAGCGCUGAAAAGCCAAAAAACAAAAGGCGACAAGGGAUUUUCUUCUGUGACACGCUUGAAGUAUUGCAGCCAAAAUUUUCACGGACGGUAAUAAGCUCGGUCCUGCAGCCGCGGGCAGAGGAAUGUUUUGCUACCAGUGCCCCCCCGCUCUGCACCCCUGCGGCCCCCACCCCCCGCGCCUGCCCACCCUCGACUACCCCUUCGCCGCCACCCAUCCAUAUACCAGCUACUCGUAUCAUCCUGCCAUACACGAUGAGACUUUUGUCCGGCGGAAGCAGCGGCGAAAUCGCACCACCUUCACACUGCAACAGUUGGAGGAGCUGGAGACGGCCUUUGCCCAGACCCACUAUCCGGAUGUGUUUACUCGCGAGGAUCUGGCCAUGAAAAUCAACCUGACCGAGGCACGGGUUCAGGUCUGGUUCCAGAACCGCAGGGCCAAGUGGCGCAAGGCGGAGCGGCUCAAGGACGAGCAGCGCAAGCGGGAAAAUGGAGAGAGCAGCAGCUCCCUGGAUAAGCUGCACGACUCGCGUGAAUCCUCGCCAGACAUUACGGGCGAAAUAGACGACGACAUGGAUGACUUGCCGCCGCGUCAGCGUUCGCACAGUCCACUGGCCAACGGGCAGCUGGAGCAGCAGCACACCCACUCGCAUUCGCACUCCCAUUCACGCAGUCCUGGCGGCGGCAUGCACUUGGACUCCAGCGACAACGAGCGCCCGUUGUCCUCCAACCAGCUGACCGCCACGCCGCACUCCGCCUCCCAGUCGCUGGGCUCCAUCAGUGCCGGCUCCCCCUCGCCAUCGGGCAUGCACAGGGAGCGGGAGCACACGCCCCUAGUUGGAGGCGGUGGUCAGGGGCCGAGCAGCCCCUCGAACUCGCGGAACACCGACUCCCCCAUCGAGGUGGGCGGACCCAUGUCCCUGACCACGGGCUCCCGCAUGGCGGCCUCCUCCAACAAUUCGGCCUCGUCCACGCCCACGCCCACCACCCCACACGCCCCCCAGAUGCCGCACUCUUCGGCGGCUGCGGCGGCCGCUUUUGGAAGCCACAUCUUCGGCAACUUUGGAGGUGGCGGCAAUGCCAGCGAUAGCAACUGCGGCUUUCGCCCAGUUUUGAGUGAGCAGAGCGCCGUGGCAGCAGCGGCGGCAGCAGCGGCGGCCCAGCGUAGCGCCAACCACCCACCGCUUUUCCUGCCACCCCACUUGGCCGCCCAGUUCAGCCAUCAGCCGCUUUUCCCGGGACUGAAAGGUGUUUCUCCAUUCCAGAGCCUGUGCUCGUGCUGCUCCCUGAAGCCACCGCCGCCACCUGGCUCAUCGGUGGUUGCUCCACUGAGCAUUCCGGUGAGCAGCAGCUCGGCAGCCAGUUCGCCGGAGUCACCAAAGUCCUCCGGCCAGGGCUCCGCCCACGAUCCGCGGUCCAAUUCGGUGGCCGAGCUGCGACGCAAGGCGCAGGAACAUUCGGCGGCACUGCUGCAAUCGCUGCACGCGGCAGCUGCCGCAGGAUUGGCUUUUCCGGGACUGCAUCUGCCACCGCUGUCCUUCGCCCACCACCCGGCCUUGGGGCAGCAUGUGGUCAAUCACAACAAUAACAACACGAUGCGAAUGAAGCACGAGGCCCAGGACAUGACCAUGAAUGGCCUGGGUCCUGGUUCAGGAUCGGGAACGGGAUCGGGUUUGGGUGCGGCAGGAGGCACUUCAUCGGCCGCUCUCUUGGAUCUGGCCGAAUCCGCAGUGGCAUAUCAACAGCAGCAGCAUGCAACAUUGUCGCCACCAACCACGCCCACGCAGCAGUCAUCGGGGGGCGUGGCAGCUGCGGACGGCUCUCCAGGAUCAGGAGCGAUCGCAGGAUCGGGUUCAUUGAAUGGCAACGUGGUGCUAACCAAAAUGGAAUAAGCAAAGAGUUGGCAAAGAAACCACAAACAGAGUGUGCAAUGAAAUUUAGUGAAGAAGGCAACAGCUGGGUAUUUUUUUUGGCAGAUUUAUAAAUUUGUACAAACUUUAGGCCAGCUUAUUUCCAAGGCAUUUUUUGUUGGGUCUCCAAAGAAAGUCCAAGAAAAUCUUUGCAAUGAAAUACCCAAGCCAGCCCGUUUGUAACAAUAAACAAUGAGAACAUUUUAAAGUUUAAUAGUAGAAUAAGCUCUAGCCUAACUUUAAUUGAACCCAGUAUAGGAAACGUAAACACAAAAAAAAUUAAAAAGAAAAAAAAAUAAACGGCUGCACUUUAAUAAAAUCUUAGGUAUGUUAGAAUGAUAAUUAGCUGUUGUUUGUUUCUGGCAGUUUAAGCGCGAAAAGAUAACCCCUGAUUGAACCCAACAUAAUCAGCAACAGCCGAGCAACAACUCCAAUGGAUUAACAAUAUUAAUUAACACGCGAAUGCAUAUGAACAUAUAUACAAAAUCUAAUACAAUAUAUAUACAUACAUACAUACCAAUUAAAAACUACAGUAUAUAGAUAUAGCUAACGAAUCGAACACAUAUAGCCUAGCCUAUGACACUGAAUCGAACACUAAUUAUAGUAACCGCCAAACCAAUAUUAAUAAAUAUUAAACGAGUUCAUAAAGAAAACAAUAAAGAUGAUCACAUUAGGAUAAUAAAA